UUGGAUUCAAAUAUGGAAUUGGGUUUCACCUUGGCAUAUGCUGUUACUAUGAUCGUUGCUUUGCAAGGAAACAUUUUGCUGAUGUACAUCGUCUGGAGGAGACAUGAGACAAGAACUUUGACGAGUUUCUUGUUUGUCAAUAUGGCGAUUGCCGAUUUACUGAUUGCAGUAUUUCAGAUGCCCUUCUCCAUGGCGCACUUCUACGUCUCUGAAUUCACUGGUGCGGUCGGGAAUCUAUUCUGCCGAUCUGUAAUGUAUCUUGUGAAUGUGUCCAUGACAGCCUCGAUCUUCAGCCUUGUCGUGAUGGCAUUCGAUCGAUAUUUUGCUGUUAUACACCCUUUUAGGCGAACGAUUUGGUUCCGAAGAGCCAAAAUUAUUCUACCAGUCAUUUGGAUCGCAUCCUGGACCUUAAUGGUCGUCACACCAUUUUCUUACAUGGCCGAGGAUAGCCUUGGAAAAUGCUUUUAUACAGAAGAACAUAUCCCGCGGGUGCCCUAUUGGACUUACCUACUGCUCAUCAACUACAUCAUGCCUCUUGCCAUCAUUUCUGCCCUGUACAUCGCAAUUGCGCGAAAGAUAUGGUUCCACGAAAUUCCUGGUCAACUUGAAUCUUCCAGACUCCAGCCAGAUGAACAGAUUCCAAAGAAAAAAGUUCUUCGAACGCUCGUAAUUGUUGUGGUGGUUUUUGCGGUCUGCUGGUUUCCCAUGCAAGCGCUUCAAAUGAACCUUGCAGUGACAGCUGGAUUGACUUGGCACCCCAUUGCUAUCUACUCUAUCUAUUGGCUUGGUCAAGCUAACAGUGCCAUAAACCCCUGGCUGUACAUCGGUCUUAAUGGCAAAAUGAAUGCAGCUUUCAAAAGAAUGAUCCGAUGCCACGGGCAGGGUAAUACUUUGUCACACAGACUAUCUACCGCGACUAUACGUUCAAAUACAGCCGUUACCACAGUAUGAAAUCCUCCAGCGGCUUAUGAUUGAGCUGAUGAAAGCAUUGCAGAUAACAUUUUCUAGUUAAACGAUUGCGGGCUUGAAUGCACAUGCUCCAUCCAGGAUUAGAUGAGGCGAAGGAGAAAGUGUAUUAGGAUCAGUAGACGAAGGCAAGGCCAUCAAUUGAGCGCUGCGCCUCAAUAUAGAUUGAAACUUUAACUCCCUAGCUUGAUAUAAUGGGGCAGAAAAUAUCAUUUCCAGUGCAAGUUAUUUACUUUAUGAACGGAAAUAGUCAAAAAAGAAGUCAUCACUGUUAAAUAAGAAACAACAUUAAUUUGUUUUGACAAAUGUUUUGACUCCUUUACCAGAAAGACAGAACCGACGAGAUGGCUUUUUUUCUCUAGAUAAUGACUAAAUUCAAAUAUAAAAAUUGUAUGAAGGUUA